AACAGCACGUGAAACGGCCAGGAGUUCUUCCUGUGGGAGACAAAUUUUGUGGCGGUUUUAUGAGUGACGUUCGCUUGUCAUUGCAUGCGCAACACCGAUUUCGAGUGGCACCGAAGACACGUGGACUUCUCUGCACCACUACGGUCACAUGUAGAAUCUUGUUUUCUUCGAGCCUGGACUCAUUGUUCCUUUUCAAAUGACGUGCUUCCCUUUUCGAAGUGCGACAGUGCUGCUUUCUCUCUCGGAAUGCCCGCCGUGUCUCCCUGUAGAUCGCGUUCGAAACAACGCCAUAUUCUCUAGCUAUCUUCGUGGACGACACUUCUCAAGAUCCGGUAACUUUGUCCGUGCGCUUUUGGUGGUGGUUAUUGUUGUCGUCUUGCUUGAGGCGUAUGAUGCUUGGAGGUCUCUGUGCUUCAGAGGUGUGCAGGUCGUUUCAGCGCGUCUCGUAAACUCACGAAUGCGUUUCUUCUUUCCACCAAGCUGGCUGCAAAUUUCUUUAUUGAGUGACAUGCGCCCCACCCCGACUAGAACUAAUGUUCCUACCUCUAACACGUGCUGAGACCUUCACUUGUGCACAAUUUGACUCACCAGCUCGCGACAAAGUCCACGCAACCACUGCCCCCCAUCCGUCGGCUACAAACGACAUCUCGCCGGAGAUCAUAAGGGUGGCUACUGUAAUUCAGAAGAAUCCCGUGUAUGUACACGCGUACAUGUGUUAGAUUGGAUAGUGGUUCACAGUUGACUGGAAGGCCGAGGCGUGGGUUGUCUUUCGUACCCCGUUGCACGAACGAGGUAGUGUCCGUGUCGCCUCCGAAAGCUUGACCGUGUGUUUCGACAGACGUCAACAAGAUCCAAAUUCGUGGAAAAAAGGGACAAUGCCAGCUAGCGGAGCAGGGUACGCCGGCGGGAGCAUUGUUCCCGAUGGCCGAACGCUGGUGAACUGCAGAGACCUCCACAAGGCACGUGAUGCGUACCAACUGCGAGACAUCGAAGCAACCCGGGCGGCACAUAGUCUGGAUCUGUAUAGAGAGCUGACAGGCGACCAUAAAGAAAACCACACCAACACCUCGUCGGACUACGUGAAAGCGGUCGUCUUUGGAGGCCUUGACGGCAUUGUCACAAUCUUCGCGAUUGUUGCCGGAUGCGUUGGAGCGGAUCUGAGCUGCUCUCAGGUCCUCAUGGUCGGCCUUGGGAAUCUUCUUGCGGAUGCUAUUUCCAUGGGUUUCGGAGAAUACGUCAGCGCAGCAGCCGAGAAGGAUUUUGUUGAAGCGGAGAAACAGAGAGAAGAAUGGGAAGUUGAGAACUGCCCGGAGGAGGAGAAGAGAGAAAUGGUGGAAAUUUAUACAGAGAAAUAUGGCUUCUCAAGAGCGGACGCCCAGUCCAUGGUUGAUAUUACAUUUAAGUAUAAAAAGUUCUUCGUGCAGCAUAUGAUGGUCGAGGAACUGGGGCUGAUGUACGGCUUUGAUGAGCCCACCCCAAUUAAGAGAGGCUUGGUCAUGUUCACCGCCUUUUGCUUUUUUGGACUUCUCCCGCUGGCGGGCUUCAUUGGCUGGGUCGCCGCUUUCGGACUGGGAGCUGAGGCAGACAUGGCCUUCCUCAUGGCCUGCGUGGUGUCCAUCAUGACUCUCUUCAUCCUUGGAUUUUCGAAGGGGAAGUUUGUGGGGCAGAAUCCAACAAAAUCGGCCUGUCUGAUGGCGAUGAAUGGCGGCUGCGCCGGCACAGUUGCUUACGGAGUCGGCAGUCUCUUGCAGCUCGUCGUCGGUGCAAACUUGACUGCCGCCUAGAGUGGCUGCAAGCCAAGCUCGGGUUGGCAGGCGGGGUGGCGCAUCCUGGGACAAGCAGAUAUCAAAAUGCAUGGAGGUCGGCUAGCAGCGUGUAAGCUGAACUAGUGUGGAGGUAUGGCUCGGCAGUUGAAUUUUUUACGUAGCGCAAGUAUGAGGCGAUAACAUGAACAACCGAGUCUACAGACAUACUACUCUCUUCGUCACGAGCGCGGACGAAUGUUGUGACGAAAACUAUUUUUACGGUCGAUGAAGAGGCACUCCCACACUCCAACGGGAUGAAGGGCAUGACCUCGUUUUGGGACCGGGCUGCGAUACGGUGUACCCUGACGGCUGAACAGAUUUGUUGAAUGAAGCUAUGGAACAGUCCAGGAGUGACAGAUGCACUGUUUGAUUUUUGGCUGUCAAAUGCCAGCCCACACGACAGAUGUCUUUUUCACGUCGGAUGUCCCUGCGGGUUGUGUUCCACGGUCAUGAUGGGAGCUUAUCAGGACCGGGAGCGUCGGAGCCGUCCUGUGUGCACUUGUUUCAUAUUGCUUGCUGCUGUAUCUGGUGGCAUUUUGCGCGUGUAAUAGUAUUUAUGUAUCUCAUUGUGGGUCAUUCGGUAACAAGCAGGUUCUGCGUCGUCCCUGUCUCCAUAAAAGCAAAAGUACGCGACCUGGUUUGGUGUUUGUGGCGCCUUGUCGGUUAUGUGGAAGCCGUGUGUUUGUUUGAUCGGUCUAGAGCUUGAAACGGAGAAACCUGUGCCCUAUACUUUCUUCUUUCUCACUCUCGUGUUCAGCAUAAUCGUCGUGUACAGUCCAUUAUCGAUUCUCUCACACGACAAAAACUGCGAAUGCUGCUUCCGCGUGGAAAAGACAAUCGGUGUAACACAGUGUUCUCGUCAGUGCCGGGGUUGAAUGCCUACCAGACUGGCAAUUUAACUGCCGCGUUACUCUCAUACUUCGCAGGAGCGCGUCUCAUUGAGCUAGGCGACAGGGCCCUGGCGGCACCAGGACACUUAAUAGGGACCCUGCACAGUAUUGUGUGUGGCAUCGGCGUGGAAUGGCUUCGCUUCUGUCUACGUGUCGAUGAACCCAGUUCAAGGGCGAGCCAGAUGGUAACGGGUCAGGUGAAGAACAAUUUUGCCAGAUGACAUCUCGCUUUUGAAUCUGAAGUGAUAGAGCUUCCGUGCUGAGAGUAGUGUGAGUAGUUUCUGCUUGGCGUCCCCCGUAGCUCCUCAAGCAACUCUUGAAGCAUCAUGCUUAUUCCUUUGGACUGCCCAUCUUACAUUUUGACGUAGCAUGAGAUGCAGUUAUAGAAGCGUUCAGUAUCUGUAUGGUGCAAAAAUUCCUGUAUACGUGCGCGGCAGUGCAACCUCUCUGUCACGCCCGUCGCUGACGUCUGCGCUGCACAUCGUGAGUAUGCUUUCGGCCUUCACACACAACUCUUGCUACCGGUGAAUUGCACCGGGACGACGAACGGCGUACUUCAGUGAAAAUCUUUCCCAUACGCAAAAUUCAUGUUGA